GCGGCCACAGGACGGACGCAGGAGCAGCAUGCCGGACGAGAUCGAGAUCCGCGAUGUAUGGGCGACGAACCUAGAGGACGAGAUGAAGGCGAUCCGCGAAGUCGUUCGGCGCAAGUGCUACGUGGCCAUGGACACUGAGUUCCCGGGCGUCGUGGCGCGGCCGAUCGGGUCUUUCUCGACGUCGACCGAGUACCAGUACCAGACGCUGCGCUGCAACGUAGACCUCUUGCGCAUCAUCCAGCUCGGCAUUGCCUUCUUCCACGAAGAUGGCACCGUCAUGAACGACGUGCCCGUGUGGCAAUUCAACUUCAAGUUUUCGCUCGGCGAAGACAUGUACGCCGAGAACUCGAUCGAGCUCCUCAAGCAGUCGGGUAUUGACUUUGCCAAACACGAAGAGUCGGGCAUCGAGGUCACGCGCUUCGGCGAGCUCCUCGUGCCCAGUGGCCUCGUGCUCAACCCCGACAUCAAGUGGCUGAGCUUCCAGGGCUCGUACGACUUUGGGUACCUUCUCAAGGUGCUCACGUGCGCGCCGCUGCCGUCGGACGAAGAGAGCUUCUUCGACCUCCUCCACACGUUCUUCCCCGACACGUAUGAUCUCAAGUACCUCGCUCUCGACUUUGACAAGAUGGGCGGGCUCAGCCGCUUGGCCGAAGCAUGCAGGUCGAGCGCAUCGGUAUUAUGCACCAAGCUGGCUCGGACGCGCUCUUGACGGCCGCCGUCUUCUUCAAAAUGCUCGACUUUUACUGCGACGGCAAGGUCGAGAAUGCGAUCAAGUACUCGGGGCACCUCUAUGGCCUCGGGCAGACCACGGCGGCGCUGCUUGGUUAAUCUUGUACAUACCACAUGCCAUAUCCACC